GGCUGUCCUUGUCUACGCUGCGGUAUUUCAAAUCCUCCCCAUUCCGAACUUCCAAACACAGCCCUGUUUGCUCCAAAAUCUGAUAGCCAUGUCUACAUGCCAAGGCGAUGCAUCGGACAACACCACCCAGGAGAGUAUAAACCAGUCGGAAUAUCCCGGCGAUCAAGAGACACAACUUGCCGGCUCCAUCAUAGUGCAGUACCUGCUGGAAAACGUCGCCGAGUUUCGGCAACUGACUGAGCUUCGGCAGCAGGGAUGGAGCAACCCAGAAGGCGAUCGAUUCUUCCGAAAGCAACGCCACGAUGCCGACAGCACUGACAAGAAGACAGCUAGAAUGUUCUACAAAAUGAUGAAGACGAUCGGCCAAGAAAUGCAUCAGUCAACCCGUGCUCUUGCGAUUCCAAAGAUGGUUGCGAAUAGCCCAACCAUCCUAGACAUGUGUAUGGCCCCCGGUGGUUUUCUUGAUACGACGUUGAAAAUGAACCCUGGAGCCCACGCUCUGGGAUUCAGCCUGCCUGUUUCCAAGGGAGGGCACCGGACGCUGCUGCGAAGAGAUCCCAAUGUGACACUCAGAUUCCUUGAUGUUACGAUGCUUGCUGAAGAUAUGGGUCUCACAGACGUCCCAGCCGAGCAUCCCGACACGAAGAAUCUGCUACUCCAACAGUUCGAACCCGGACAACGCUUCGAUCUUGUCUUAUGCGACGGUAAAGUCCUUCGUACCCACGUCCGGGCCGCAUAUCGAGAGCUGCGAGAAGCCCGCAGGUUAACCGUCACACAACUUGCUCUUGGCCUUGAGCACGUCAAGGUUGGCGGAACCAUGGUCGUCCUUCUUCACAAAGUCGAGCACUGGAACACGGUCUCCUUACUGUACAAGUUCAGCAAGUUCUCUUCUCUCAAGCUCUUCAAGCCGGCACCGCAGCAUGCGAAGCGCUCAUCUUUCUACAUGAUCGCCACCAAUGUCCAGAGCCAGCACGGUGAGGCGGUCCGAGCGGUGGAGAGGUGGAAGAGGGAGUGGAAGGUCGCAACGUUUGGAACGGACGAAGAAUACGAGGCCCUUCGUGCGCCGGGCUUAGGGGCGGAGGAAGUCCUGGGUGGGUUUGGGUCCGAGCUUGUGAGGUUGGGAAGGGAGGUAUGGGGAAUUCAGGCACGGGCCCUGGAGAAGGCACCGUUUAUCAAGAAACGACGGACUGCAGGAGUCCGAGUCGGGCCAGUUACUGCAGCGUGAUCUUGGUAUAAGGAUGGCCGAUGCAAAGGGGUAGAC